GUCUUGCACGAGGCCAUCAGCACCGGGGAUCCGGAAAUAGUCCACAUGGUCCUUCAGCACCGCGACUACCAGCAGACGUCCGCCACCCUCGGCGGUGUCCCCGAAUUACUUCAGAAGAUCAGUGAGACUCCAGAUUUUUAUGUGGAAAUGAAGUGGGAAUUCACCAGCUGGGUCCCACUGGUGUCCAGAGUUUGCCCCAGUGACGUUUGCCGCAUCUGGAAGAGCGGUGCAAAGCUGCGAGUGGAUAUCACAUUGCUGGGCUUUGAAAACAUGAGCUGGGAACGGGGGAAACGCAGCCUGAUUUUCAGAGGGGAAGAUACUGGGCACUGGGCUGAGCUGAUUGAGGUCAACCACGAUGAGAAAGUGGUGGCAGCCGAGCGUUUCGAGAUCACCCAGCAAAUCAAGCGGCUGACCCUGGACUCCAUGGUCCCAAAGAACAAGGAGGUGGAGCGACGGCUGACCUCUCCCAUUAUCAACACCUCCCUGGAUACCAGGAAUAUUGCAUUUGAAAGAAAUACCUCUGGCUUCUGGGUCUGGAAAACUGAGAGGAAUGAAGUGGUGAAUGACUAUGAAGCAAAGGUCUUCACAGCCAACAACGUGAAUGUGGUGACCAAGAUCCGGACGGAGCACUUGACCGAAGAGGAGAAGAGGCGAUACAAGGCUGACCGAAGCCCCCUGGAAUCCUUCCUGGGCACCAUUGAGCACGAGUACGGGGCCCAGCAGGACCUCACAACAGAAUUUGCCUCGACAAACAACCCAACAGCUCUCACACCAGAGGAAUACUUUGACCCUCAGUUUGACCUGAAGGACAGAGAUAUCGGCAGGCCCAAAGAAGUGACCAUUCGGACUCAGAAAUUUAAAGCAAACUUGUGGAUGUCCGAAGAGUUCCCGCUCUCCCUUGUGGAGCAGGUCUCCCCCAUCGUGGACCUGAUGGCCAGGACGAGCGCCCACUUUGCUCGACUGAAGGACUUCAUCACUUUGGACUUCCCUCCUGGAUUUCCUGUUAAAAUCGAAAUCCCCUUGUUCCACAUACUGAACGCCAGGAUUACCUUUGGAAGCGUGAACAGCUGCAGCACCCUGGAAGACGCUUCACCUCUGGGCCCCGAAGGCCCCCGGGGGACAUCUGCUGCUCCAGCCUCCACCUUUGUGGUUGACCCCUCUGUCUUCGAGAUCCCCAUGUCCUACCGUAUUCAAGAUGAUGGCCGGAACUUGCACGUGCAAGACGAGGACAAUGAAAUCAUGCAGUUUGCCAUCCAGCAGAGCUUGAUGGAGUCCGGCCAAAACCAGGAGCCUUUGGGGCCACACUUGAACGGGGAUGUGUCCUACUCACAGGACCUCAACCUACAGUAUCAAAGGGCCCUACAGGAGAGCCUCCUGGCCAACAGCAGGAGCAACCCGCCCCUGCACGGGUCUUCCACGUUUGACCAGGACUUGCAGCUGGCCAUGGCGCUCUCCGUCCGGGAGCAGCAAGAACUGGAGCAGCGGAGGCAGCAGGAGGAGGAGGCGGAGCUGCAGGAGGCUCUUCAGCGCUCCCUGCUGGAGAAGUAGCCGGAUGCUGCCCGUGGGAAGCGAGUGCCAGAAGCCCCGGGCCCCUUCCGCCUGGGACCUGCACGGGGAGGCCAUCUUGAGCAGAGAUGGGCUCUUCCGUUCGUUCGCCAAAGCUUUGAGCCCAAAGAUCUGCCCGUCUUCCUCUGUGCUCAGCGGUUGCACUGAAAGGGGGCACCCCGAGGUACCUAUGCCAAAGGCUGCUCUGAAGGGGCCAGGGGACUCUCACCAGCCUCGAAGGGGGGGGCGGCAGCAGGGAACCUGAGCCACGGGGAGGGUUUCCACGGAGCAUGCUCCUUGCCUACCAAAGAUUUCAGGGGCUGUCAGGUGUCUUUUCAUAGCCCUACAAGCGUCCCCCGCGGUCUGUCUACACCAGAGCCCUUUUCCUUUCCCUUCAGACCCCGGCCGCUUCAUCUCUGUAGCCUUCCCUCUUUUGCUCCCCCUGCCCGCAACAAAUCCUCCGCACACGGGGGGGGGUUGUGUUUUUAAAUAAAGCGGGGGCAACCUCCCCUCUUGGCUGAA